UAAGAUCUUAACUUUUCACUUUUGAAAGCGGACAACACGGGAAAGUGGAGCUUCAGUAUUUUAUCUGGAUUUCAAGAAACUUUAGACGGAAGAUCUUACUCAUGGCCAGUGCUGCACCAGUUACCUCAUCCACAAAGGAGACAACGAACUAUGCCAGGUUGUGUCGUCUGUUAGUUGAUAUUGGAACCCAGGCUCUUCGAGACACGUUAAAUGCCAUCCACGCUCCAGCAAAUCUGCACACAGUUUUGGCGGCAAACACAGCCACUUUACAGUCUCUUAAAGCAAAGAGGAUUAUCAAUGCAACACAAUGGGGAAAACUUUUCCCUGCCAUUCCAAAUUCAGUGUCUUCAAGUAACUUUGACACGACCCUCCUGAUGGUUUUGCUACGAAACUUGUGCGGUUUAACUACUCCGCCCACCGGCUGGGACGCAUUACCCGCCGUAACAGACCUCAGUAAGGAAGCGGACAUUGCCCGAGUGAAGUUUUUUAGGAACACUGUGUACGGUCACGCUGAGAAAGCUUCUGUUGAUGACAUCAAGUUCAAUGACUACUGGCGUGACAUCCGGGACACUCUGAUCAGACUGGGAGGCGCUAGUUAUCAAGCUGCUAUUGAUACACUGAGAAACGAGACCAUGGACCCUGAUGUUGAAGAUCACUACAUGGGACUCCUUAGUGAGUGGAAAAAGGAUGAAGAUAAUGUUAAAGAAGAGCUGGGCGCGAUGAAGAAAAUGCAGGAGAAAAUCGUACGUGGGCAGGAGAAAAUCGUACAUGGGCAGGAGAAAAUGUUACAAGCUUUGACACCAUCGAAAGAAGUUGCUGACCAGGUUACGGCGCUGCAUGAGAUUAAGCUCAAAGUCCUACCCAAAGAUCUUGAUGCUGAAAAACAUGAGAUACUCAACCAGCACUUUACGACGUACAUUUCGAUUUUCAUGAAAAACAACAAACUUUCUUCAAUGGAAGGAAUGGGUGAAUUCCUCAAGUAUAUAGAAGAUAGCUACAACCUGCUCACAAGGGCAUUGGGUUGUGGCUGCUUAGAAAUACGGGUGCAAUGCCGCAACAUGGAGAGCCUUGAAAGACUGUGGAGAGACUGCUGCCAUGGUAACCUCGACAGAAUGGCUGAGAGAUGCCUCGUGACGAAUGAACUUAUAAAGAAACUUGAUCUGAAAGCUUUAAGAUUGAAUGUUGUCAUCAAAGAAGAAGACUACUUGGCAUGCAAAGAGUCUUUCUCGGAUGUUGUGGGACCACUGAAAGAAGUUUCCUCCUCAGUCGUCAUAAUGGACAACCAAGAUGAAUGGAUGGUAAUAGUUUUAACUAUUGUCGCCUUCUUCCUGAACACUGGUCGUGGCUUGCAAGCCACGAAGUUAGGCGAAGAAUUUUUGAUCUUUCUAACCUCUAAUGCACGGAUAAAAGAAUACCACUUGUUUUACGAAGAAAUAAAUUUGCUAAUGUUCGACGCGGCAUACAAGGUCUCCAAUUACACGUCUGCAGAAAGGUACGCGAAGGAACUUCUUAUCAUAUACCAUACCUCUGGUGACACCCUCAGAGAAGGAAGGGUAAGCCUCGUACUGGGAAUGAUAUAUCAGAAACAAAAUAAAUUUGAAAGGGCUAGAGAAUACUAUCAAAAGGCAGCCGUAGUAACAAGAAGCACUGGAGACAAACAAACAGAGGCACUAUGUUACAUGAUGAUAGGAAAAUUAUUUAAUUCACUGUGUGAAUAUCACAAGGCUGAGGAGUAUUACAAGAAAGCACUGACAAUCACUGUGUCAAAUGGCGACA